AUGGGAUUUGUGUUUUCUAAAAUAUUCAAUUCACUAGUAGGGCAAAAGGAGAUGCGUAUUUUAAUUUUAGGGUUAGAUAACUCUGGAAAGACAACUAUUUUAUAUAAAUUGCAUUUGAAUGAGGUGAUCUAGACAGCACCAACCAUGGGAUUUAAUGUAGAAACACUUACUUAUAAAAAUCUAAAGUUUCAAGUUUGGGAUUUGGGUGGUCAAAAUGCGAUUAGAUUAUAUUGGAGAUCAUACUACCCAAAUACAAAUGGAAUUAUUUAUGUGAUUGACUCUUUUGAUGAGGGUAGACUCAAAACAUCAAAAGAAGAGUUGAUGACAUUAUUAUAAGAGGAAGAACUUAAAAAUGUUCCAUUACUGAUUUUAGCAAAUAAACAAGAUAUGUAAGGAGCGUUGAGCGAAACUGAAAUUUGUGAGUUCCUGAAAUUAGAAGAAGAGAAAACAAGAAAUUGGACAAUAGUUAAAUGUAGCGCUUUAACAGGUUUGGGUUUAAGUGAAGGAAUGGAAUGGAUGGCAAAUGCUAUGAAGAAAUGAUUAGGUUUGUUUAAUAUAGAUAUUUAAUCAUAAGUAUUAUAUAUAUAUAUAAA